AUGAUCUCAUUGUUUGGCACAAUUACACCCCAUACCCCAUUGCCCCUUGAAUUAAUGGGUACAAUAUUGUGCAGACAGGUCCUCCAACAAGCUGGCAACAUCGAGCGUUUAGGGCGUUUCCUCUGGUCCCUGCCUGCAUGUGAGCGGCUCCAUGCGCACGAGUCGGUCCUGAAGGCAAAAGCAAUGGUCGCUUUCCAUAGAGGCAACUUCAAGGAGCUGUACAGAUUGUUGGAGUCACAUAACUUCAGUGCGCACAACCAUGCUAAGCUUCAGAGUUUGUGGUUAAAAGCACAUUAUAUGGAGGCGGAGAGGCUCCGCGGACGGCCCCUCGGCGCCGUCGGCAAAUAUCGGGUGCGGCGUAAAUUUCCACUGCCGCGCACUAUUUGGGAUGGAGAGGAGACAUCUUAUUGUUUUAAAGAAAAAUCGAGAUCAGUUCUCCGGGACUGGUAUCUGCACAAUCCGUACCCAUCUCCGCGAGAAAAACGGGAGUUAGCUGAAAGCACUGGACUCACAACUGUACAGGUUUCAAAUUGGUUCAAAAACAGACGACAACGAGACAGACAGGCUGAACACAAAGAUAGUGGCGGUCCCGGCGACAAGCAACUAGACUCUUCGACAGAUGAUGACAGCGACGCGCCACAUGUCACUCCUGCGCACUUGACGUCAGCACCUCCUAUAUACCCACACGCCUUAUAUGAACACCCUCUAGCUCACCUGCCGUAUCACCAUUCGUGA